AUGUCACAUUACUGUACCCAUUUAGCUGAAAAUUGCCCAUAUACAAAACCUAAGUUGACUGUAGACGAUUCUAUUAAAUUAGCGAGUGGAGAAGAUAUAGAAAACGAAUUCGAUAAACCUUGGAAAAGAAGUUUUAAAGAUGAUAUUGUCAUUCCAAAAGAUAAACAAAAGAAAUUUACUUUCAAUGGAAAAACAUACCUUCAAACUCGAGAUCCAUUAGAUGCUAUAAGAGCAGAGUUUAACCGACAAUACAAAGGGCAACUAGGUUACGCUCCAUAUUCCGUCUAUAGAAAAAAUUGGCCAGCGUUUACUGGCGAAAAAGCCAUGAUAUGGUAUAUGUUUUACUUGGAUUGGUUGGAAUUCAAAGGGCCAUUGCACGUGAUUCAGUAUGAAAAACUACGAAAUGACACUGCUCACGAAAUGCAGAAAUUGCUAAGGUUCUUAGCCGUACCGUAUACGCAAUCGGAUAUGUCUUGCAUGUUGAGAAACAGAGAGGGGGAUUUUAAGAGAAAAGCUGUUAAAAAACUUAAACCAUUUCAGAGAUUUCCUUAUAAUAUGACAAAGUUGAUCGAGUCGUGCAAAUUGAACAUCACAAAAAUAUUGACUAGAAAUUGA